AUGGGUUCUAAGCAUAAUCCACCAGGGAGUAACAGAUCGAGAAGUUCGAUAUCUCUAAUCAUUGUGAUUGGUUUAUGCUGUUUCUUUUACCUUCUUGGAGCAUGGCAAAAGAGUGGUUUUGGUAAAGGAGAUAGUAUUGCAAUGGAGAUAACAAAGCAAGCUCAAUGUACAGAUGUUGUCACUGAUCUUGACUUUGAACCUCAUCACAAUACAGUGAAGAUCCCUCAAAGAUUAGCUGAUCCGAAACCUGUUUCUUUCAAGCCGUGCGAUGUGAAACUCAAGGAUUACACGCCUUGUCAGGAGCAAGACCGAGCAAUGAAGUUCCCGAGAGAGAACAUGAUUUAUAGGGAGAGACAUUGUCCGCCCGAGAAUGAGAAACUGCGGUGUCUUGUACCAGCUCCUAAAGGGUAUAUGACUCCGUUCCCUUGGCCUAAAAGCCGUGACUACGUUCAUUACGCUAAUGCUCCUUUCAAGAGCUUGACUGUCGAAAAAGCUGGACAGAAUUGGGUUCAGUUUCAAGGGAAUGUGUUUAAAUUCCCUGGUGGAGGAACUAUGUUCCCUCAAGGCGCGGAUGCGUAUAUAGAAGAGCUAGCUUCUGUUAUCCCAAUCAAAGAUGGAUCUGUUAGAACGGCAUUGGACACUGGAUGUGGGGUUGCAAGUUGGGGUGCUUAUAUGCUUAAGAGGAAUGUUUUGACUAUGUCGUUUGCGCCAAGAGACAACCACGAAGCACAAGUGCAGUUUGCGCUUGAGAGAGGUGUUCCAGCGAUUAUCGCUGUUCUUGGAUCAAUUCUUCUUCCUUACCCUCCAAGAGCCUUUGAUAUGGCGCAAUGCUCUCGAUGCUUGAUUCCGUGGACUGCAAACGAGGGAAAGUACUUAAUGGAGGUUGAUAGAGUCCUGAGACCGGGAGGUUUCUGGGUCUUAUCGGGACCUCCGAUCAACUGGAAGACCUAUUACAAGACGUGGAACCGAACAAAGUCAGACCUCAAUGCCGAGCAAAAGAGAAUAGAGGAAAUCGCAGAGUCCUUAUGCUGGGAGAAGAAGUACGAGAAGGGUGACAUUGCGAUUUUCAGGAAGAAGAUAAACGACAAAUCCUGCGAUAGAUCAACAACAUCAGUUGACACUUGCAAGAGAAAAGACACUGAUGAUCUUUGGUACAAGGAGAUGGAAACUUGCGUAACACCGUACCCUAAAGUAUCAAGCAAAGAAGAAGUAGCUGGAGGAAAGCUAAAGAAGUUUCCCGAGAGGCUAUUUGCAGUACCUCCAAGUAUCUCUAAAGGUUUGAUCAGUGGCGUCGACGCAGAAUCAUACCAAGAAGAUAUUAAACUAUGGAAGAAGCGAGUAACCGCAUACAAGAGAAUCAACAGACUGAUAGGUUCCACAAGAUACCGUAACAUAAUGGAUAUGAAUGCCGGUCUUGGUGGUUUCGCUGCUGCGCUCGAAUCGCCAAAAUCUUGGGUUAUGAAUGUGAUUCCAACCAUUACAAAGAACACAUUGAGUGUUGUCUAUGAGAGAGGUCUCAUUGGUAUCUACCAUGACUGGUGUGAAGGUUUUUCAACUUAUCCAAGAACAUACGAUUUCAUUCACGCUAGUGGUGUCUUCAGCUUGUAUCAACACAGCUGCAAACUUGAGGAUAUUCUUCUUGAAACGGAUCGGAUUUUAAGACCAGAAGGGAUUGUGAUUUUCCGAGACGAGGUUGAUGUUUUGAAUGAUGUAAGGAAGAUCGCUGAUGGAAUGAGAUGGGAUACUAAAUUGAUGGAUCAUGAAGAUGGUCCUCUCGUGCCGGAGAAAAUUCUAGUCGCCGUUAAACAGUAUUGGGUCGCCGGCGACGAUGGAAACAGUCCGGCGUCUUCUUCGUCUUCUUCUGAUAAUAGUGAAGAAGAGUAA